AUGGCCUCGCUGCUCCUACUGGGCAGCGGCUCGCCAGCCAGUGCGCGGCAGCCACCCAUUCAGGAGGAGGCGGGCCGGUGCUCCAUCGAGGCGCUCGACAAGUUUGCGGACACUCGCGCCACCUUCAGCCUGGAGGCGUCGGGCGGCAACAUGACAGAGGCAACCGUGGACAUCCGGGAGUGCGACUUCUCAAACCUGGACCUGUCUGGCAAGGUCCUGAGCGGCGUGCGCAUGCAGGGCUCCAACUUUGCCGGCUCCAAGCUGGUGGGCUCGCAGUUUGCGCGGGCGCAGGCCCAGGGCGCCAACCUGCGGGGGGUGGACCUGACGGAUGUCAAUUCCUUUGCCACCGCCUUUGACGGCGCCGACCUGGAAGGGGCGCAGUUUGAGAACUCGGUGCUGUCGAACGCCACCUUUGGGCAGUACGAGGGGCGGUGGGCCAACCUCAAGGGGGCGCACUUUGAAGGCGCCCUGCUCAGCAGCUCUGAUGUCGGCCGGGUGUGUGCCAACCCCACGCUGGACGAGUACACGCGCAAGGCGGAGCUGGGGUGCCGAGGCUCCCGCCUGGGCGGGUUCCUGAUUGUGAAGAACAACAGCGGCACAUCCAAGUGCCGCCGCCGCCCCGUUGCGUCUCCCCCUCCACCCCAGCGCAUCCAACAAAAGCCGGUCCCCUCCCCGGUGUAUGCGGGCUCAGCCGCGCCCUACUCAGCAGCACUCACCUCCGCCUCCAAGCUGGCCUGCGGCUACCCGUGGGACGGUGGCAGCCAGUGCGGGCGGUGCGGCACGGUGCGGUGCACAGAUGCGCGGUGCCAGAAGGUGGAGGCGGUCCCGGUGGUCUUCCUAGACCUGUGCGCGGACUGCAAGUACGGGGAGAUCGACCUGAGCGACGACGCCUUCCUGGCAGCUUCCGGCGGCCUCAUGGCCUUUGACCGCCUGACGGUGCAGUGGAACUUCUCGGAGACGUGUGCGCCCUUCACCGCCGGAGGGAUCCGGCUGGACCCCCGGUCCGUCAACCCCUGGAGGCAGGAGCUCUACUUGUACAACGCCGCCGAAAGCAUCGCCGCCGCGGAGCUGGAUGGCAGGCAGCUGUCGCUGGCGGGGCGCGGCUUCUGGGUCAGCGACACCUCCGCCUCUCCCGUCUACCCCAGCACCCUGCACACCCUUGUUGUCACCAGCGACCAGGGCACCAAGGCCAGCGUCAUACUGCGGGACCUGGGCCAGAGCCGAGAGCUGCCAGUGCAGUUUGGCAGCGGCAAUGGCGGCGGGCCCAUCCCCAUCGGCAGCGUGUACAGCGGCCAGGCAACAGCCUACUCGCCUCCCGUCACCAGCGGCAACAACUUUGCCUGCGCCUACCCGGUGCUCAGCCCCUGGCAGCGAGUCUACUUUUGGGAUGGCGCCAAGCAGUGCGGGCGGUGCGUGAUGGCCAAGUGUGUGGACUCCAGGUGCGCCACCUGGGACUGCAAGCUUGGCAACCUUGAUUUCAGCAACCAGGCCUUCCUGGAGCUCACGGGGCUGUGGGGGUUCUGGGUCAACGACGCCUCCUCGGCGCCCGUCUACUCGGGCAAGCCCAUCGUCUUCUCCAUCACCAGCGACUCGGGCAGGACCCUGACCGCGACUGUCACAGACUUGAAGGCUCGAGACCUGGGGGUGCAGUUCCGCUGA